CGAUAAGAGUUUAGAUUAGUUAAAAGUUUAGAUCUAACCUACUAUUUGCAUAUAAUAUUGUGGAAUCCAAUUUGCGCGAAGGGGAUUGAUUAGCUCCGGAUAUGGCUACUAACGUAUUCAGUGACGAUGAAGAAGUUCCUGGUAAUGUGUUCGAUUUUAAUUGAAACACAUUUAUCCGGCGGAUAGAUUUCUCAUUAAACACUUACAACUGUUUGAUCAGCAGAAGGAGAACUGAGAAACUUGCUGCAGUCACCUGUUCUUCAGUCUUUGAAUACGAGCUGAGCCAAGCUAAAUUUAUUCGAUUAUCCCACCGGAGCUUCUCAGCCAUGGCUGUUGCAGAGAAAGAAGAAGAUUUUCAUCUGAGGAAGAGCAUCAUCGGCAGCCACGAGAGUCAGUACCCGGUGGACUCGAAUUCUUACAAGAUUCUCGAUGAAAUCGGGAGGGGUGUUAGUGCCGUCGUCUACAAGGCCAUCUGCAUUCCGAUGGGGUCUUCGAUCGUGGCGAUCAAAGCCAUAAAUCUCGAGCGAUCGAGAGCCAAUUUGGACAACGUCCGGCGCGAGGCCAAGACGAUGACGCUCCUCAGCCACCCGAACAUCCUCAAGGCCUACUGCUCCUUCACGGUCGACUGCCGACUCUGGGUGGUGAUGCCCUUCAUGUCCGCCGGAUCUCUGCAGUCCAUCAUCUCCUCCGCCUUCCCCGACGGCCUCUCGGAGCCGUGCAUCGCCUCCGUUCUUAGAGAUAUCCUCUGCGCGCUAUCGUAUCUUCACCAGCAGGGGCUCUUGCACAGGGACAUUAAAGCUGGCAACAUUCUUGUCGACUCCAAUGGCUCGGUGAAGCUCGCAGACUUCGGCGUUUCGGCCUCCAUAUACGAGUCGUACACUUCCUCCGGCUCCGCUGCGUCGAACUACUCGCAUUCUUUUAUGCUGACGGACGUCGCAGGUACACCUUACUGGAUGGCGCCGGAAGUUAUACACUCCCACACGGGGUACGGUUUCAAGGCAGAUAUAUGGUCAUUCGGGAUAACGGCGUUGGAGUUAGCUCACGGGAGGCCGCCGCUGUCGCAUCUGCCGCCGUCGAAAUCGCUGGUAAUGAAAAUCACGAAGAGGUUCCGGUUUUCGGACCACUACGAGAAGACGAAGGACAGGAAGAGCAAGAAGUUCUCAAAGGCGUUUAAAGACAUGGUCGGAUUGUGCCUCGAUCAGGAUCCGUCCAAAAGGCCGUCUGCUGAGAAGCUUCUGAAGCAUCCCUUCUUCAAGAACUCCAAGGGUCCCGAUUUCCUUGUCAAGAACGUGCUGUUGGGAUUGCCGGCCAUCGAGAAUAGGUUCAAGGGGAGGAAAAAAAGUAGCGACAAUGAAGAAGAUGAAGACGACGACUCGCCUUUGGGCGAGAACGGGAAACAGAGGAGGAUAAGCGGAUGGAACUUCAAUGAGGAAGUCUUCGAAAUGGAUCCCGUGAUUCAUCCUCUUUAUCGUAAAGACUACAGGUUCGAAGGGCAACCCGCAACGCUGCAAGAAAAGGGCAACGAGGGGUCGUCGGAAGGAUCAAAUGCCAGUCCGCGGCAGAAUAAUUUGAACGAAAAGCGUGCUUCGUGGGGAAAUGUUAUCGACGUGGGAGUGGUGCUCGAAAGCUUGAUGCUUUUGAAGAAAAGUUUCGACGAUCAAAAGCAGCGCGUGUCGCAGAUGAUCGCGUCGAUUCGCGGCGAGGAUUUGCCGGAGACGAACCCGGAGGAACAGCUGUUGCAGGUGGUGGAGCAGAUGAAAAUGGAGGUAGAAAAUGAGAAGAAAAAAAGAGCUUCUUUAGAGAUGGAAUUGGAGUUUCUUAAGCUCCAAUUUUCCAAAGAAUAAAUAAUAUUGUUACAAGUUUGAAUUUAAAUACGACAUUUUAUAAAUUUAAAAGUCAAUAAAAUAAAGCUCCGAUAGUUUUUUUUAGUGUGACUUAUUUUAUUAGUAUAUUUUUUAUAAGUUUUUAUAUUCA